CCGCUAGCUUGACGUCUUUUUUUGUGGUUCAUGUUUUGUUAGCUAAUCUGGCUAGCAGAUGUCGACUGGUCAAACUUAUUUUCAGAUGAAUAUAUGCGCAUAAAACGGUUCAAACGCCACUCCUAGUAAGAGGAGAGGAUGGCGCAUCGACGUACCCCACCUCAGCUGUCCCAGAGGACAGAGUACCUGGAGCAUGAUAAUGAUUCCGACAGGGACUCUGGUGUUGGGGAGGAUGCAGGGGAGGAUGCUGACAGUUGCCAUGGAGGCACCGUAACAGAAGAGGAGACAGUCAACAAGCAAGAUGGCAGGGGAGAAAACAGCGGGGAGGUGGAAGAUUUUACGGUUUUUGUUGCAUUUCAAGGGAAUAUGGAAGAUGAGGACUUCACUCACAAACUUGACACUAUCCUCAGUGGGAUACCAAACAUGCUUGAUAUGGGCUCUGAGAGGCUACAGCCACAACAUGUGGAGCCGUGGAACAGUGUGCGGGUUACCUUCAACAUUCCUCGGGAUGCUGCAGAGCGACUCAGACUGUUGGCCCAGAACAACCAGCAGCAGCUCAGAGACCUGGGGAUCCUCUCUGUGCAGAUCGAAGGGGAAGGGGCCAUCAAUGUGGCUGUGGGACCAAAUAGAGGACAAGAAGUCCGAGUGAAUGGACCAAUUGGAGCACCUGGCCAGAUGAGAAUGGAGGUUGGCUUUCCAGGUCAGCCUGGUCCAGGAGGAGUAAGGAUGCCUAAUCCGGCAAUGGUUCCCCCGGGGCCUGGCAUGGCAGGUCAGGCUAUGGUACCAGGCAGCAGUGGACAGAUGCACCCUCGUGUUCCAAGACCAUCUUCACAGACAGGUUCAGAUGUGAUGGAUCCAAUGAUGCCAGGUAUGUCAGUUCAGCAGCAACAGCAACUUCAGCACCAACAGGCUGGUCCCCAUGCCUCAGGCCCAAUGCCUCCUCAGGCUGCCCAUCACAUGCAGGCUCUGCAGGGUGGGAGACCACUCAACCCUGCUGCUCUGCAGCAGCUACAACAACAACAUCACCAACAGCAACAAGCCCAGCAGCAAGCUCAGCUCUCCCAGCUCGGACCUAGACCUCCAUUCAACCCAACGAGCCAGAUGGCUGUGCCUCCUGGCUGGAACCAGUUGCCCUCUGGGGUCCUCCAGCCACCAGCGGCACAAGGAGGCCCUGCCUGGAGAAAGCCCCCACCCCAAGCCCAAAUGGUUCAACGUCCACCCUCCCUUGCAACAGUUCAGACUCCCAGCCACCCUCCGCCCCCUUACCCAUUUGGCAGCCAGCAGGCUGGGCAGGUAUUCAGUGCCAUGGGUCAGGGACAAUUACAGCAACAGCAGCAGACAGGAGUGGGUCAGUUUGCUGCCCCCCAGCCUAAAGGCCCUCAGGCUGGCCCUGGUGGUGUCGCAGGACCGCCCAGACCCCCUCCGCCCCUUCCACCAACUUCUGGUCCGCAGGGCAACCUCACUGCCAAGUCCCCUGGUUCGUCUUCGUCUCCUUUUCAGCAGGGUUCACCAGGGACUCCUCCCAUGAUGGCUCAGAGACCUACAACACCACAGGGUUUCCCCCAGGGCGUUGGAUCACCAGGAAGAGCAGCCCUCAGCCAACAGGGUAACAUGCAACAAGGAUUCAUGGGAAUGCCCCAGCAUGGACAGCCUGGGGCCCAAGUUCACCCUGGCAUGCCAAAGCGUCCCAUGGGCUUUCCGAACCCAAACUUUGUCCAAGGUCAGGUGAGUGCCAGCGCUCCAGGAACCCCUGGUGGAGGAGCCGGUCAGCAGCUACAGAGCAGCCAAGCGAUGACUCACACAGGAGCUCCACCAUCAGCCUCCACACCUAACUCAAUGCAGGGUCCACCCCAUGCCCAAUCCAAUGUUAUGGGUGUACAAAGUAGCAUGGCUGGUCUGCCACCUGGUACAACUGCUGGGCCUAGUAUGGGCCAGCAACAACCUGGCCUCCAGACCCAGAUGAUGGGCCUCCAGCAUCAGGCCCAGCCCGUGUCCUCCUCCCCCAGCCAGAAGGUUCAAGGCCAAGGUGGAGGUCAGACUGUCCUCUCAAGGCCCCUCAGUCAAGGGCAGAGAGGAGGGAUGACCCCACCCAAGCAAAUGAUGCCUCAGCAAGGCCAGGGGGUGAUGCAUGGGCAGGGUCAGAUGGUUGGAGGCCAAGGGCAUCAGGCCAUGCUCCUACAACAACAACAGCAGCAGCAGCAACAACAGCAACAACAGAACUCCAUGAUGGAGCAAAUGGUUGCCAACCAGAUGCAAGGCAACAAGCAGGCAUUUGGAGGCAAGAUUCCAGCUGGGGUCAUGCCUGGCCAGAUGAUGCGUGGCCCUGCUCCAAAUGUUCAAGGUAACAUGGCUCAAUUCCAGGGCCAAGUUGGCCCUCAGCAGCUGACUCCACAACAGCAGCAGCAAAUGGCUCAACUUCAACAACAGCAGUUACAACAGCAGCAACAGCACCAGCUGCAACAACAGCAGUUACAGCAGCAACAACAACAGCAACACCAGCAGAUGAACCAGCAACAGCCCCAGCAGGUUCCAAUCGCUGGCAAUCCUAAUCAAGCCAUCGGCAUGCAUGGGCAACAAAUGAGGCUCCCCGCUGGUCAUCCUCUUAUCCAACAACAGUUGCAACAGCAGCAGUUACAGCAGCAGAAACAACAGCAACAGGCCAUGUUGCAGCAGCAGCAGCAACAACAACAACAACAACAACAACAGGCAGCUCAACAACAACAGGCAGCUCAACAACACCCACAUCCUUUGGGGGAUCCUAAUAGUGGCACAGGGGACCUGGGGGUCCAACAGAUGGUCCCUGAUAUGCAGGCACAGCAGCAAGGCAUGAUGGGAGGCCCUCAGCACAUGCAGAUGGGAAAUGGCCACUUUGCAGGUCAUGGCAUGAACUUUAACUCACAGUUCCCAGGUCAGAUGCAGAUGGGGGGACCCUGUGUACAGCCAGGGGGCUUUCCCGUCAGCAAGGAUGUAACACUGACUAGCCCACUGCUGGUCAACCUGCUGCAGAGUGAUAUCUCAGCCAGCCAGUUUGGGCCUGGAGGAAAACAGGGAGCAGGCGGGGCCAAUCAAGCCAAACCCAAAAAGAAGAAACCUGCACGAAAGAAGAAGCCCAAAGAGGGAGAUGGACAACAGCAAGUAGAGGGACUUGGUGGUCUUGAUGUGACUGCUGGCAUGGAGGAUUCUGAACUGCCAAAUCUGGGUGGUGAACAGAGUUUGGGCUUAGACAACUCAAGCCAGAAACUCCCAGAUUUUGCCAACAGGCCUGCAGGCUUUCCUGGCCAACCUGGAGACCAGAGAGUGUUGCAGCAGGUACCCAUGCAGUUUAUGCAGCAACAACAACAACAACAACAACAACAACAGCAGCAGCAGCAACAACAGCAGCAGCAACAACAGCAACAACAAAUGCAGCACAUGCAACAGCAGCAGAUACAACAGCAACAAAUGCAACAGCAACAGCAGCAACAAUUACAACAACAACAACAGCAGCAGCAGCAGCAACAGCAGAUGCAGCAACAGCAGCAGAUGCAACAGAUGCAGAUGCAGGGUCUCCAGAAUGCUCCAGGGCAGCAGGGGAUGACAGGGCCGCAAACACCAGGUCAAGGCCAGCCUCAGAUGCACCCGCAUCAGCUGCAGCAGCAGCAAACUCAACAGCCACACCUGCAACAGCAGCAACAACAGCAGAUGAUGAUGAUGCUGAAGAUACAGCAGGAGCAGGCAAAGAAUCGCAUGUCCAUACCUCCAGGAGGGCAGCUUCCUCCUCGGGGCAUGGGCAAUCCGCCCGAGGUGCAGAGGCUUCCAGUGUCACAACAAGGCAACGUGCCUGUAAUGAUCAGCCUUCAGGGGCAUGGAGGGGUACCGCCGUCACCUGACAAAGCCAGAGGGAUGCCCCUGAUGGUGAACCCACAGCUUGCAGGUGCUGCACGAAGAAUGUCCCAUCCUGAUGUAGGGCAGGGCCCUCAAGGCACUGGAUCUGAGGAGGCCUCUGCCGGGGCCCACUUGAAGCAGGACAGACCUGGUGGCCCAGAAACUGGGGUGCAGCCUGGUAAUGGGACCCAACAGAUGAUGGCUAACCAGGGCACCAACACUCAUAUGAUGAAGCAAGGUCCUGGUCCAUCACCAAUGCCCCAACACACCGGAGCCAGCCCCCAGCAACAGUUACCUAGUCAGCCUCAGCAAGGAGGCCCCAUGUCUGGCCUUCAUUUCCCCAAUGUCCCCACAACCUCACAGAGCUCCAGGCCCAAAACCCCCAACAGAGCUAGCCCCAGGCCGUACCACCAUCCCCUCACCCCAACUAAUCGUCCACCCAGUACUGAGCCCUCCGAAAUCAACCUCUCACCCGAGAGGCUAAAUGCCUCCAUUGCAGGGCUGUUUCCUCCUAAAAUCAACAUUCCUUUACCUCCCAGGCAGCCUAACCUAAACAGGGGAUUUGAUCAGCAAGGUCUUAACCCAACAACUCUGAAAGCCAUUGGGCAGGCCCCUCCUAGCUUAACUUUACCAGGCAACAACAACAAUGGCAGUGUGGGUGGAAGUAACACUAACAACAGUCAACAGCCUUUCCCUACAGGAGCAGGAGGAGCAGGCGCUAAACAAGACAAGCAGCCUGGAGGGCAGGGUAAGAGGGCAAGUCCUAGCAAUAGUCGGAGGUCAAGUCCAGCCUCUAGCCGCAAGUCAGCCACCCCAAGUCCAGGGAGACAAAAAGGGACAAAGAUGGCCAUCAGCUGCCCUCCCCCCCAGCAGCAAUUGGUCAACCCUCAAGGGCAAACCAUGAUGCUAAGCCCCACAUCAGUACCGCCAAGUCCAGUAUCUAUUCCUUCACAAGUAAAUGUGGGCAUGGAGACACAGCAGACCCAGUGCCCCUUCCACGGGAUGCAAGGUAACCCUGCUGAGGGAGUCAGGGAAAGUCAGGGAAUAAUGACAGCAGAGCAGCGACAGAUGCCUCAGCCUCAACCCCAACCACAGCCAUUGAGGGAGUUAUCAGCUCCCAGAAUGGCAAGUCCUCGUUUCCCUGUGCCUCAGCAGCCCAAACCUGAAUUGGAAUUGCAGGCCGGCACAGUUGAUAGGCACCCAGCACACACAACAGCUAUGCAGGACUCCGAGGCCUCGCCUUCUCUCAGGGCAGCUCCAACCUCCCUCAACCAGUUACUGGAUAACUCGGGUAUCCCUAACAUGCCUCAUCGGCCCAUACAGAGUAAUACUGGUAGGGAUGUCAUGGGAAAGGACAGCCCCAAGUCUGCUUUGGAGCCAGAGAGAGCACUCCACAGUAAUCCCCAGAGUACAGACAUGUCUGCUGCUGUUGCUACCACUGCCACUGUAAAUGAAUCGGAAGCUAAACCCAAACCUGCUGUCCUUAUCCCUACCAGCAGUUCUAAUUUGCAGCCUGUGUCAAUUUCCAGCUCGCACCCUAGCACUAACUUGACCUCCAAUAUUAUCCCCAACCUUAGCCAGAAUCCUGUCGCCAGUCCUGACAAAUCCCGUGUCAGUCCCAGUCCGAAUGUAAACCCAACACCUUCCCUCUGCCCCACUCUCAGUACUAACACUAAUGCCACCACAAGUGUAAGCCCCAACCAAGUCACUUCCAGUCAAAGCAGUUCUGUUUCAGUUGUUAGUACCAGUUCUAACUCCAGCUCUGCUCUAAACCCUGCCACCUCUUCCCUAAAACCAAGCCCCAGUCCUAAACCUGUGACAAGUGUUCACUCAGUUAUACAGAUCCCUGCCUCUUCUAGCACAAUUUCCCCCAACCAGAUCACUGUAUUUGUCACCUCUAACCCCAUCACCUCUGCCCCUACUCCUCAGGCACCCACAUCUAUGGUAUCCACCAUGGUGGCUGUCCCUAACAAGAACAUUAGACCUCAGGACAUCCGGCAGCAGGCCCCAGUCCCCCGACCUCCUCAGUUUCUCACCACCCCUGUAUUUAUCAACCCAAUUUUCCAGGUCCCAGGUGCAUCUGUGACUCCCAAUACCACUAUGGUAUCACAGUCAGUCACCAUGGUUGGGCCUAUACAAGUGUCCACUACAAACAUCCAACUUUCUCCUGCCCCAAGCUCCACCCAGUCCUCAGGGACUAACAUGACCAGUGCUCAGCCUGUCAGAAGUGCUGUUGGACAGAUCCAGCUUGCCACUAGCGUGUCCUCAUCAGUCCCAGUUGGAACUCCCCCAGCUCCUCAGCAAAUUAACCCAGGGGCUCCCAAAACAGAAAAUCUAGGUGAGACCAGUUCUGCUCAGAAACCUAGUCCCCCAGUCCAGCAGCCAUCUCCCCAUCCAAGCCCUGCAACAUCAUCUCCCUUUCAGCCACCCCUAGCUUCACCUCCUCUCUGCUCUAGCCCUGGAGCCGCUAACACCAUUCGAAAGAGUCCCAUGUCUCCAUCUCCCACUGCCCAAGUGAAAAGUAAAUCCGCACAGCCUGCUGCAGUUGUUUCUGGUCCAACUGAUUCCCAGCAGAGUCCUGCAGAAAGGCCUACGCAGGGGCCCACUGGGGCUGUGCCUCAACAGGUCUUUCAUCCUCCUGCUAAUCCUGCCAUUCAGAUUGACGCACUAGCUCCCCAUACUACUACUGCUACUGCUGCUUCAAACAACAUCACUUCACCUGCUGCCUCCUCUCCAAUCCCAGUCCCUGGCCAAGUGGCUGUUCCUACUCAGAUUGUUACUCAGGCUCCAGUGCCUGCACCAGUUGCAGUCUCUAGCCAGGCCCAGGCUGUAACCUCUCAAUCUCCUGUUGUCACUGUAGUUGGUGCUACCACUGGUGUCUCCUCUGCUACUUUGCCCUCUACGGUUGCUCCUAUACAAAGUCCUGUACCGUCCAUUGUUUCAAUUGUUGCUGGAUCUGGAUCUGCUCUGGAGGUUACCCCAACCACAUCCUCUCCUGUUGCUAACCCCAACGGAGUUCCACAAGUUCAGUCGGACCCCCCGGCUACAGAGAACCCCAUGCCACCAACUGCUGCAUCUGCUGAAACCACUCAGACCACCCCAGCACCUAUUCAACAAGAAGUCCCACAGUCCCAGGAACCUGCUGCCAGUGAGAAGACAGGUGAAGAGGUCUCGACAGGUUCCGAGCAAGGAUGGGCAAAGAAAAGAAAGACGCCCAUCAACUUAGUCCCAAGGGCGGCUGUGGAGAAGCCCAAGGGACCGAGCAGACGCAGCUCCCGGGCAGAGAAGGAGGUGGAGGAGGAGCCAGUAGCAGACAGCGGCAUUAGGAAGAGAUCAGCAAGGCCUGGAACCAGUGCUGCUGUGAAAGAAACUGGAGCCAGCCCCACCCAGGCCAAACGAAGGAAGUCUAAAUAGGCACAGCUGCAGUUGUGGCAACCUGUGAACUGUACUGUAAAUGUUUUUGUUUCCCGCUGUGAAUCAAUUGAUACCGGUUUCUCUGUCCCAGACUAUGACUUUUCAGUGGAGGAAGAAACCAUGUACAGAUUGUUUUAAAAAGAAUCAUGCUAUUGUUUUGUCCAUGCUAUUAUGUGAGAUUGUAGUUAGAAUGUGUGCAAUACAGUAUGUGUUUGUGUGAAUGUGCUUUUUAUAUUAAAUGCUGGAUUAAUCAUGUGAAGACUGAUAAUGGAGCUUGUCACGAUUGUAUAAUUAUGUUGUAAAACUGAAUUAAAUUUUCUACUGCUUUUUGUUCUGUGAAA